GUUCACGUUUAUCCUGCUUCCUCGACACGUUACUUGGCUAGUUCCAGUCUCCCUCCUAUGUUCCUCUAUACUCUUGAGCGAGAAACUUCUGUGAUUACAGGCUACCGGAUUCUCAAUUCGCGGCCAUUUCUCCUCACUUCUGACUCUUCUUCUGUUGGUAUCAGCAAUAUUGCCCCUGGUGAAAACAAUUUACCAUCAAACAUUACUGGUGACUCUGGUACUCAGGAAUUGUACUAUUACAGAGCUGCCCGUCAUUGGCGUAUGAGUUUGGCAGGAGCACGUCGAGACCAACGAAUUCUUGCGCAGGCCACAAAACCACCAUCUGGUGAUCUUUUAUUACAUUUAAGAAAUGCUUUAUUAUUGGAAAGGUAUUGA